AUGUCUUUCGGAAGCCAGCCGCCUAGCCCAUCGGCCCUCCCUCCCAUCCCCGGCUCACCGACCUACUCCUACGCCAGCACCUCGAACCUCAUCGCCAGCUCCUUCAACCUCCCUCUCCCCCCGCCCCCGCGGGCUCACGCCGUGCUUAACAAGUCGGACCUCGAGGCCUCGCAAACAGCCUAUACCGACCUUCUCUCCUCCGCCAAGGCCUACCGCCUCGCUCUGGCUGCGCUCUCCGUCUCGGCCUCCAACUUCGGCUCUGCGCUCGAAGCAUGUGCGCGCCUCAAGGAAGCCCGUAGCGACGUGAUGCCCUCCUCGGCCGCGGCAUCCAUGACCAACAGCUUCUCCGCGAAGAGCAGCUGCACAGCGGAUAGCCUAAUGGCGGCAGCCGGCGUGCAUCAGCUCGUGGGGAACCACCAGCAGAUCCUGAGCGAGACGGUGUAUCGGAGUUUCGAGGUGCCGUUGCUGCACGACUUAGAUCAGUGGCGGCGGCGCAUGGAGGAGGAGGAGGGAGCCUAUCAGCGGGAGGCAAAGAGUAUGAGCAAGGAGAUUCGGAAGAUGGAGAAGGAGGGGUUGAGGCUCCAUAAGCAGAGGAAGAGGGACGUGGGGAAGUUCAGGGAGCAUCUGGUGCAGCUGACGGGGAAAUUGGACGCGUUAACGGGGUUGAGCGGGGGUCAUAGUCGCGGUUUACUCAGGGAUUGCCAGGAGAUGAGCAAGGGGAUUGUGGAGUGUACCGCUGGGCUUGUAAGGGCAGAAAUUGAUAUCUUCGAGGCGCUGGCGAGAAAAGGGUGGAACGGAGGAGGGCUAGACGAUCUAUUGGAAAAGGGGAGGGAUCUUUUUGCGAAUGAGGAGCUGGGGGGUGCAGAUGCGCAUCCAAAUCACGCGGCCAAGAUUUUCAGUAUAUUGCCGCAGAACAGGAGCAUACUGGCGGGCGAGGACGGCGCAGCUGGGCCGCCGGAUAUCAUGCAUUCGAGGAGUGAUAGCUUGCUGGUUGGUGGAAUGCCGUACCAGAGUCUCACAGGAGCGAUUUCGGGGGCUGGGGAUACGGAUGUGAAUAGCAUUUUCUCGGAGAGGGAUAUGCCCAGUUCGGGACUACUGAAUCGACCGAGGGCUGUACGGCCUUUUUCUCCCACGUCAGGAGAAAGGGUUAACGAUCCACUGGAAGACUACGGAAAGCCUGCUCUGGAGGUACCUGAGAGCGAAAGCGAAGAAGAGGAUGCUGCAGAGGAACAGGAGAGAGUCGAAUCUGGCUCUGGGAAGACAGUUUUACCGGAGGUCACGGUGCCUGAGCACGAAUCGGCUACAGAAGAAGGGGAAAGUGCUGACUCGAAGGAGACGGACACGCGGCAGAGUGAUAGUGGACAAAGUGUUAGAGCCAGGGAACGCAGGUGGAGUGCUACGAGUGAUGAGUGUUGUGUCUGA